AUGGUUCUUACUUUUAAGCAAAUUUCUGAUUAUAUUGAAUUAUUCAAUGCCGAUGAUCAUGGUGUGGAUAAGACUUUCCAAUUGAUUGAGAAAUAUUUAUUAGAUAAUAAAAAUAUUAUAACUAAUAUAUCCGCUCUUCAUAAAUUAGAAAAACUUGAGAAGGCAAAAGAUGUGAAACUUUUACAAUUAAGAAAUGAAAGUUAUACAAUUACAAAAAUUCAUAAUGAAAAAGCAUUUAUCAUAUCACAGUUAAUAAAGUUGGAUUAUGACGAAACGUUAAGAAUAUUAUCACAAUUUAAGGAUUCUGAUUGCAAUGAUAUAGUUAAAUCGACCUCAGAAGUAUUAAAGGAAAGAAAUUCAAUAAUUGAUACAAUUUUGAAGAUAUUAACUGAUUCAGAGCUACCAGUUUUAGGUAAUAGAUUCUCAUUGUAUUUUGCAACUAAUAAGGAUACUGCAUGUAAUGAGGUUAUCAAAUCAUUGAAGUUCUCAAUAGAAAAUUUUGAAUUAACUGAAGAUUAUUCAACACUUGCACUAUCAGAAGAUGAAUAUACAAAAAUCUUACAGGAGAAAUUAUCUUAUGAUUUAAUUUAUAUUACUAAUUUAUUAAGAUUAUUUACAAUAUUGUCAUUAAAUUCAAUGCUGGAAACUUCUGUGGUUAUCUCUUGGUUUGAAUGGGUUAUCAAUUCUAUUUCUUUUAUUGAAAACAUUUUACAAAAUAAAAAUAAUGUACCAGCUCGUAUCAUUGAGCAAAUAGAAUCUUUAAUAGUUAUAAACUCAAUGUUAGUAUUAGGAUUGGAUAAUACUGACUCUUCGAUUAAUAUUAAUGCUCCAUACUUUAACGACCCUCAAACAUUUAAAAGAUUGAAUCAAAUAUUCACCCAAUAUAGUUUUAAUCCAGUAAUAAUUUAUAUGUGGACUUUUGUACUAUACUCAAAAUCAUUUCUGUUGGAAGAAAAUCAAGAUUCAGAACAAAGCUUUGCCAAUGUUGUCUUCAAGGACGUAUCAAUCAAGUCAUUAAUUGCACAUUUUGCCUCAAAAGCUGAAAAUAAUGGUGCUCUCGAAUCUAUAAAGAUUAUAUCGAGAAAUUUAUCUUCGGAUAAAUUCUUUGCUGCUAUUAUUUGUUCAUUUUUGACACUUGCAUUAAACUUCAUUCCUAUUACUAUUGAAACUUCAGAAGUUUUUAAGUACGUUCUCUUAAGGUCACCAAUAGAUUACGUUGAAAAAUUUUUAACAAGUGAAGCAUCUGAAAAUAAGAUUACUAUUUUGAAAGCAAAGCUACCAUUGGUAGAAGAAGCCUUAUUACCAUUAAUAAAUCUAACAGCGGUUAAUUCAGAAUUUGCCCAAUACAUUUGGGAUGAGUUAACAACAUAUACAGUAAAAACUAAGUUAGGUCAAUUAGACUAUGAUUUAGUAGAUGAAGGUGGUUAUUCAGAAACAGAUUUAAUCGUUUUAAAGAAAGAAGCUUUAAUUGCCCCUCCAUUAGAAUACGAAAAAAAUGCUCUAAUGCCAAUUCCAGAAAAUACUAAAGCAAAAAUUUUACUUACCAACCAUUCAGAUGAACAAGAUGUCAUAGUAUUCCUACUAAAAUACAGUGGUUGGUCUCUAUUAGGAAGAUUAUUACAAUCAAUGUAUGAAUUAUACAGUGAUAAAGGUAAUGAAAUAAAUCUUGUCCAUAAAAACGCUAUUAUUUCAGUUAUAGAACUUAUUUCAAACUUAUUAAAAUCUGAAAUUUCCAUUGAUAAAAGUACGGAAAUAUUAAAUUCACUACAGAGUAAUAUCGAGUCCAAUGAUAUUGUAGCUCUGAUUUGUAGAAUUUUUGAUUUGGCAUUACAAAAGAGAAGCUAUAAAAUAAUUUGUGCAUGUUCAGGUUUUCUGAAUUCCUUGUUUAAAUAUUAUCCAGAUUUGGUUUGGUCUUACUUAUCUAGAUCAAGUAUCCUCGAUAGAUAUGGGAAGACGGGAUACGCUACUACGAUUUUAGGUUCCAUUGAAUUAACAAGUGGUGAAUAUGAUUUUACUAUUUCUUUGGCAAAACUUGCAAAUUUAUUAGCUGAAGAUUCAACUUCACUAGGUAAUAAUUAUCCAAUAAGGGCUCGUUUAGAAAUAUUAGAUAAAUUCACUUCCCACCUUUUAAGAGUUUUUGAAGGAUACCACUUUUGGAAAUAUGCAGAUAUUUCUCAAAGAUUCAAAAUCGGAUUGCAUACAACUACAUUCUUCAAUGCGGUUGUAUAUGAUGUAUAUUCCAUUGAUCCAACUUCUAAACCGUGUGACAAAAUUACAAAAUCAAUGUUUGAGUCAUCUAAUCAUGUCAUAAAUUCAUUUUUAUCCCCACAUUCGCCAGAUGUUCAUGCUGCCAAUGCCUUAGUGAAAUUAUUAUUAUCACCUAAAAAUAAGGAGAUGCAAUUAUUAUCCAAUAAAGUGUAUGGCAAUACUUAUUCUAGGUUGAUUAUAUCUUCAUUCGAAUUUGCAAAGACAUUACUAAAUACUAGAACAGCUUUGCAAACACAGCCAAGUACAUUUGAAAAAUUACUCUAUGAAUCAUCCUCGAGUCUAGUGGAAAUAUACGAAAGUAACUAUCGGUUGAAAAAGUACAUUAUAAACGUAUUAGAUACAUUAAUUGCUGCACCAUGGCCUGAGGAUUACCCAUUUUUGUUGUCAUACUUAGGUGAAGUUCAUUCAAAGAAUUUUUUAUCAUCGAUUAUUAGUGAUUUAGAAAGUUCUUUAGUUAAUUACAAUAUUACUUUCAACAUCUGUAAAUUUAUUAGCAGUUUAGUGGAAAGCAAUCAGGAUGGGUUAACUAUAUUAUUUUUAACUGGUGAAUUCUUACCUAAGAAAAGUCCAAAAGGUACCUCAGACACUGCUUCUAUAUUAAAUGUUUUAAAGAAAAUUGCACUGGAUAUAGCAGUUAUGCCAAAAUUAGUUGCUUGUCAGCUUCUAGAGGCGAUAGCCUAUUCUUUGAAUUCAUGGAAAGGUGUACAAAACAAAGGUGGUGAUAAAGAAUUUAUUGAAGCUUUGAUGAAAAUAUUAAGCGAAUUUAAACAUCCAGUGGUAAAUGCAAACAUAUCAAAUACAGAUAUGCAUAAGGUUUCCCAUGGUUAUAAGUUAAUCUCAAGAAUAGUAGAGAUAUUUGCUCUAUUUAUAUAUUCUGAUAACGACAAUAGUGCUAGUAUAAUCGAGUUUUUGAAAAAGAGAGAUUUGAUAUCUAUUGUAGUUCCAUUUUUUAAAAUAGAUGGAUAUGAUAACUUAAUUAAUACUUCCCUUCAAACUGAGUUUGAGGCUGUAUGGCCAGGACUAAAAUUAAAGAGUUUUCUAUUAUCCCCAUAUUUUAAGAACAAUACCGUUUUAGAACACCCUGACUUUAAUUUAUAUUUUAUGGACAAUUAUUUCUCUUCUGAUGAAAAUUGGCAAAUAUUCAGAAACAAAUUAGUACGUGCAUCAUUAAGCAUGGAGUUUGUUACUUCAAAAGUUUCAGCUGCAAAGGCACUAGGUGCAUUGAUAACUUCUUUUGUUCCUAAAGCCGGUACAUCUUUAAAUGACACAUAUAUUGGACUCGUCAAAGAACUAUUAAAAGUUAAUUUUGAAGAAACAAUUAAUUCACCUUUGCUUGCACAAAUAUCAUGUGAACGAUUGGAAUUAUGCUUUUACUUAUUAUUUUCCUUGGAAAAGGCGUCUGUUAGUAUUGAUGAAAAGACUUUAUCGGAUAUAUUAAACCAACUUAUGUUGCUAUUUAAGUCUAACGAUGUUUCCUUUUUGGAUAACAUCUCUAGAUCUUCUAACAGUAACGUAUAUAGACCAAUAUUACGUUCUAUUCUAAUUAUUUUAGGAAUGGUGAAAACUAAGACUCAUUUCAUCGAGAUGAUAUCUGAUCAGUUUUUGGAAUUUUUUGAAUGGUCAUUUUGUAAAGGAGGCCAUUUAAUUUUUGCAGACAUAUUGUCUGAUAUAACUAUAUGUUCAGCAAAGGGAGAAAAUGUAUCAAUUUAUAGUUUCAGCGAGAAAUUGCAAGAUUUAUGCUUAUUAUUAUCGAUUUUUUCUAAAUUGAAGUCAUUGGGUCCAUCUGAUGAUUUCAACAAAAUCAUGGCAUCUUCGUUAAAUGACGUUGGUACCCUAAAAGUAAUUCUAAAUUUGUAUUCAAGUUCACAUCUCUUUAAAAUUGAUGAUGAACCAGUAUUGGGAUCCAUUACUUUAGCAUUUAUUUCUGAACUUUGUUCAAUUGAAGAUAUUGCCCAAACAUUCAUUUCAAAUGGUUUAAUAUCAGUGUUAUUAGAAAGUCCGUUGUCUGUCGCAAUUCAACAGGGUGAUUUGAAACUCGAAAGUCAUUCAAGGCUACAUAGCAUAUGGAGUCAUGGAAUAUUAACAAUUCUGUUGAUUUUAUUGAGUAAGUUUGGCACGAAGAUUUUAGCUGAAUCCAUUCUUUUUGUUUCAUACUUUUCAAGACAAAUUAAAUCCACAAUUUUAAGUUGGUCUGAUAGCAAGCUAUUGAUUUCGACAGCUUUGAUAAGGGAAACCUCGCAGUUAAUAUUAUUACAACAAAUGCUAAAGAUUUUAGGAUAUGAAGAUUUUAUCUCUAACAGUAGCACAAUACAAAAGUUUCAAAAUGAAUCAAUUGAAGUUGAAUUAGUACUUGGAUUGGAUACUGUAGACGAUAGGAGACAACUAAGUUUAGCAUUUAAACACCUACUCACUCAUCCAAAAUAUUUGAAUUCGAGAGUUGUACCAAGCACUGUCGAGGAACAGCGUAUCUUAGAAGAUGAAGAAUUACGCAACGGAUUUGUAUCUACGAUCACUAAAAGCAUUCAAGACCUACAAGAGUCUUUAUUUAAAGAGAUUUAG